CAAUAAACUACACUAUCUUUGAUUACCAAACUCCACUACGCCUCCUCAGUAACUUCCAGCGCCACCUCCUCCUUAGCCACAUCCCUCACGGCCACCACCACCCUAUCCUUUUCCACCACAACCUCCACCAGAUCUGUAACCUCUGCUAUGUCUCUCGUAACCACCACCUCCUCCGUAUUCAUUACCGCCUCUCUUGCGAUAUCCGCCACCACCUCCGUCACAGGCUCCUCCACCGCCUUGAGCAAAUGUGUGGCUCUGAGACCUCCACCUUCAAGACCUUACGAACAUGAAACUUUGGUUUUUUUACAAACCACGAUACCUCCACCUCCAAGACCUUGUGGACAUAGAACUUUGGUUUCUUUACAAACCACGAGACCGCUACCUCCAAGACCUUAUGGAUAUAGAACUUUUACCAAAUUUCUGAGAUAA